AGUUCGUCUGGCCAAGAUGGCGCCCGAGGAUGACCCCGAGGCAUAUCUCGUCACCUUUGAGCGGGUGGCGGCAGUAGCCGGGUGGGCACCGGACCAGUGGGCGACCCUCCUCGCCCCCUAUUUGACGGGGCCCGCGCAGAAGGCUUACCGGGGCCUCCCCGACGAUGAGGCUCGGGUUUAUGCGCGAGUGAAAGCCGCCAUCUUGGACGCUUUCGACAUUACCCCCGAGACCUUUCGACGGCGGUUUCGGGGAAAGCGUUAUCUUCCAGGCGCCCGGCCCCGGGCCAUCACCCAGGAACUAAAGGACGCAGCUAGCAGGUGGCUACAGCCCGAGCGUAGAACCGCGGCGGACGUGACAGAACAGAUCGUCCUUGAACAAUUCAUACACAUUCUCCCGACGCCCAGACGGGCGUGGGUGUUGCGGCACCGACCUCAAACACUGCCCGUGGCCAUCACCCUCACGGAGGACUUUCUAGAAGCCGAGGCCCCUCUAGGGCCGGCUGCCCGCAGCCCCCAGGCAGGACCGGGCACUCAGCGGCUGGAGAGGGGGCCCAGCUCCAAGCCUGGGACACUACCCCGUGUCCGGCGGCCAGAGGGCGGCGGGACCUCUUUUCCCCAACACCCCGAGACGCCACCGUGUACCGGCUCCGGACGCUGGGUCCGACCCCCCGGACCUGGCCAACCCUGCGGGCCCUCCGGCGUCCCCACCCGUUCCGGGCGCCCGGAGCUAGGCCCCUGCGUCCGGUGUGGCGAGAACGGCCACCUGCAACGAGACUGUACGGCGAUGGAGUGUGACUUUGGCCGCGUGUAUGCUGGGGAGCGUCGAGCCCGCCCGCCCUCCGCGGCCAAAGUAACGGCUCCCAUGGAGGUUGCCGGGACCCACGUGGUGGGUCUAAUUGACUCAGGCUGUGGACAGACGCUUGUCCGCCAGGCGCUCCUUCCAGAUGGCCAGCGGAGCACGGGGGAGGUUCGGAUCCAGUGCAUCCAUGGGGACGUAAGACCGUACCCCACGGUUCAGGUCCCGCUCACGCUGAACGGAGCAACCCAGUUACUGAGCGUGGCAGUGGCCCCGUCCCUGGCCUAUCUGGUUAUUCUGGGCCGGGACUGGCCGGGUUUUGUCGAAGUGCUCCGAUCCUUAUCCCCAGCCGAGGCGUUCGAGGGGGCGUCCUCAGACACCGAUAUCGGCCCCAGUACCCCAGCCGAUCCGGACGCUGCCCCAUUUCUCAUCCCCGGCCCGGACCGACCGGGGACAGGGGGUCCCUCUGACGACACCGUUGACUUUAGCCGGGAUCAACGGGAGGACCCUACCCUCCGGUUUGCCUACGAACAGCUGGCCCGAGUCGAGGGGGAUGUCGUGGACGCCCACCGGACUACCCAAUGGCCUAGGUUCGAGCUCAGCCGCGACCGCCUCUACCGUGUGGAGCGAGACCCUCGAACCGAAGAGGUCCGGACCCAACUCGUGGUUCCUCGCAUUCACCGGCGGGCCGUCCUGAAGCUGGCCCACGACAUCCCGGCCGCAGGCCAUCUAGGCUCGGAGAAGACCGCAGCUAGGGUCCUGGCCAAGUUCUUCUGGCCCGGUAUUCACCGCGAGGUGAAGGAUUACUGUACGUCCUGCCCGGACUGCCAACACGCUGCCUCCGCGGGUGUCCGGAAGGCCCCUUUGGUCCCCUUACCAGUCGUGGGUGUGCCCUUUGAACGGGUAGCGAUGGACCUGGUCGGGCCCUUCCCCAAAAGUCAGGUGGGGUAUCAAUAUAUUCUGGUCGUGAUGGACUACGCCACCCGCUUCCCCGAGGCCGUCCCCUUACGCAGUAUCACUGCCCGCACUAUUGCGGCCGAGCUCCUGAAGAUCUUUGCCAGGGUGGGCCUCCCUCGGGAGGUUCUCACCGACCAGGGAACCAACUUCACGUCUAAGCUGUUCCGUCAGGUAUGUGCCCUGCUGGGGAUCAAGAAACUCCAGACCUCGGUCUACCAUCCCCAGAUGGAUGGACUCGUCGAGCGGUUCAACCGGACCCUAAAGGGGAUGCUGCGACGCUUCCCCACCCAGGACCUCCGUCGGUGGGAUCAAUUACUCCCCCCUUUGUUACUGGCAAUUCGGGAAGUUCCGCAGGCCUCCACGAAAUUCUCUCCAUUCGAGCUCCUCUAUGGGCAACGACCCCAUGGCGUGUUGGACCUCCUAAGGGAAACGUGGGAACACACACCGUCUGCGACGCAGGGCCUCCUGCAGUAUGUCUUGCAACUACAGGGGCGUCUCGCCCGGGUGGGUGAGCUGGCCUGGGAAAACCUCAACACAGCCCAGAGAACCCAGGAGGCGCACUAUAAUCGGGGCGCGCAGGCCCGAACGUUCGUACCGGGGGAUCGCGUCCUCCUCCUACUCCCCUCGGAGGAAUCAAAACUCUUUGCCCGCUGGCAGGGCCCCUACGAGGUGCUCCGCCGGCUGGGGCCAGUCACUUAUGAAAUCCGGCAACCUGGCCGCCGGAAGCAAAAGCAGAUUUACCACAUAAACUUGUUGAAGCCCUGGAGGGAACGGGAAGGGCUACUCAUUGCCCCGUACCCCCCCGAGCCGGACCUGGGGCCGGGACUCCCUGAGGUGUCUGAAACCGGCGGGCCCCAGCUCGCAGAGACACUCACCCCUGAGCAGCAGGUACAAGCUACCUGUUUAGUAAACGCGUUCCCCAAGACCUUCACCACAAAACCCGGGCGGACUACCCUGGCCCACCAUGUGAUCCAGACCGAUCCCGGGGUGGUGGUCCGGGGGACGACCCGGCCAUUGCCUAGGCGAAUGCGGGAGGCCGUGGAAGAGGAAGUCCAAGCAAUGUUGGAGCUAGGAGUUAUUGAGCGCUCCCAGAGUGAGUGGCGGAGCCCUGUCGUCCUUGUCCCCAAGCCCGAUGGGAGCCGGCGGUUCUGCAUUGACUUUCGGAGGGUCAACGCCCUUUCAAAGUUUGAUGCUUACCCCAUGCCCCGCGUAGACGAGCUCCUGGAUCGACUUGGGGAAGCCCAUUAUAUCACCACCUUAGACCUUACGAAAGGCUACUGGCAGAUCCCCUUGGAACCGCGAUCCAAGGAGAAGACUGCCUUUGCCACCCUUUCUGGACUCUAUCACUUCACCCGAAUGCCGUUCGGUCUCCAUGGGGCCCCGGCCAUCUUCCAGCGGUUGAUGGAUCGGGUUCUGCAACCACAUAUUACCUACGCCGCGGCCUACCUGGAUGAUGUGGUCAUCUAUGGCAGCAACUGGGAGGAUCAUCUCAACCAGGUAGCAGCUGUCCUCCGGGAUCUUCGCGCCGCCGGGCUUACAGCCAAUCCCAAGAAAUGCCAAAUUGGACGAGAGGAGACCACUUACUUGGGCUACACCUUGGGUCGAGGACUGGUACGACCCCUCGUCGGGAAGGUCCAAGCACUCCAGGAAUGUCAGCCGCCGACUACGAAGAGACAGGUACGGCAGUUUUUGGGCUUAGCUGGUUACUACCGACGGUUCGUACCCCACUUUGCAACCCUUACGGCCCCUUUGACCGAUCUCUUGACUAAGAAUAGCCCCCGGCAAGUCUGCUGGUUGGCCGACUGUGAGAAGGCCUUUCAAGCGGUCAAGCCCGGCUGUGUAGCGAGCCGGUACUUUUCAGCCCGGACUUUCAUCGCGACUUUGUCGUGCAGACCGAUGCCUCCGACGUGGGGCUUGGGGCGGUCCUCUCGCAGGAGGUGGACGGGGAGGAGCAUCCGGUGGUUUACCUUAGCCGGAAGCUGUUCCCCAGAGAGCGAAACUACUCCGUCCUGGAGAAAGAGGCCCUGGCGGUUAAGUGGGCAGUGGACGCCCUCCGCUAUUACCUCCUUGGAGCUCCCUUUACGCUUAUUACGGAUCACGCCCCCCUGAAAUGGCUCAAUGAGAUGAAGGACAUGAAUCCCCGGCUUCAGCGGUGGUACCUCACACUACAACCCUACGCAUUUUCGAUCCGCCACCGGGCGGGACGCGAUAACGCCAACGCGGAUUUCCUGUCCCGCCUCGGGGAGGCUGGGGAUGCCAGCUCCGGGGAACGGGAGCUGGAUUUGAGGGGUGGAGUAUGUAGGGAGCCAAGGUGGCUCCCCUCCGAGCCGGAGGGGAAACCGCCGCGCUCACAACCGGAGGGGGCGGGGUCAGGCCACGUUCGCUCCGACCCCAGCGACGGGAGGGGCGGAGCAGGAACUACAAAGGGCGGGGCCCUUUCCUCAGGCAUGGCAGCACAACGGAGGGAGGCGGACGCAGACGCCACGCUGCUCCCUUCCGACCUGGCUGCCAACUCCGGCGAGGCGCGGGACCAAGGGAAGCCCGAGCCAGAGGGCGGAUGGGACUCCCCGGGACUGCCUGGCGCCGAGUGCUCCGAGGGACAGGAGGAGCCGGAACCGGUGGAGGAGCUGGAACUGCCAGCCGCGGUCUAUCCGGCCGAACCUGAAGUGCGUGUAUCCGAUCUCCUGCCAGCAUUCCCCUGCUAGAGGGGUGCGCUAUAGACUCCUGCUGGCGCUCCCCUGCCUGAGGGGCACGCUGCGAACUCCUGCCAGCGUUCCCCUGCUAGAGGUGCGCGCUAUAGACUCUUGACGGCGCUCCCCUGCCUGAGGGGCGCGCUGCGAACUCCUGCC